UAUUCUGAGAUCUCUGACGAAAUGCUUAAAGAACAUGUAAGAUUUUUUAAAUCACGGAUGCCCAAUGCUGGCUACAGGCUUGUAAAAGGACAUCUUCAAUCAAUGGGUCACCGUGUGAAGUGGAAAAGAAUAAAAUCAGCCAUGCACCAGAUUGAUGGAGCAGGAAUUGUUUCUAGAAUGAUUCAGCUUCGUUGCAUUGCCCGCAGAACAUACUCAGUUCCAGCUCCUCUGUCACUGCUACAUAUUGACACCAACCAUAAACUGAUUCGGUUCAACAUUGUAAUCUUUGGGGGUGUUGAUGGAUUCUCAAGAAAGAUUACAUACCUCGAUGCUGCCACAAAUAAUAAGGCUUCAACUGCACUGCAUUUUUUCUUGGAAGGAGUUAGAAAGUGGGGAUGGCCCUCAAGAGUUAGAGGAAAUCAUGGAAUUGAAAAUGUCAGUAUAGCAAGGUGCAUGUUUGAGGUGCGAGGAACUGGACGUGGAAGUUUUAUUGCAGGCAAGAGUGUCCAUAAUCAAAGAAUUGAGCGCUUGUGGAGGGAUGUUUGGUGCACAGUGACAUGUCACUACUACAACACCCUUCACAGCUUGGAAGAAGACAGAAUGUUAGACCUGUCUAGUGAGCUCCAUCUCUUCCUGGUUCACUAUGUGUUCAUUCCACGCCUACAAUCCGACCUUCAGCGAUUUUUGGAAUGCUGGAACAGCCAUCCCAUUCGGACUGAAAAUAACUUGACUCCAGAUCAACUGUGGCAUAUUGGAAUGCUGCAGAGUCAGAAUCCAGUGUUAGAGCCAGAGGGACUGACAGACUUCAGCUUCACCCCUGAAGACCUCCAUGAGGACACUGGUGACUUGGGUGUGUUGGUUCCAGAAAUUGGAUGUCCGCUGUCACAUCAAAACCUGGCAGUGCUGCAGACUGUCAUCAACCCCACAAGAGAGUCAUCUUCAUUUGGCCAUGAUCUCUACAUACAAGCUCUCCAAUUGACUCAGGUUUGCAAUGGGAAAACAUUUAAUAGCAUUGUAUAUAGUACAUCUGGACAUAAAUUUGCAUUGAGGUUCUGUUUGCAGGUUUUCAGGAUAUAGAAAGCUUUAUGCAAAUAAAAGAACACAAAGGCUAUAAAGCAGAAACUGCUCUGAUGAAA